AUGACUUUUCGCUUUUUCCUCUACUUUUCUAGCAUUUUUGCCGCUUUUGCACAGGAUUCCGAUAGCUUGUCGGUGAGUUGUUCACUAUGCGCCUUUAAAAGUGCAGUAAUCUGAAUUUUAAAGGCGCAUACUUAGCAUUGUUUGGCCUAAACAUUGUAAAAAAUUGCAGAACGAACCGCUACAAUGCAACUAUUGUGUGCACUCGCGGAAGAAUAAAGACGUUUCGGAGGGCGUGAAGUACGAGCCCGAUUGCAUGAAUCAUCUGAAAUUCUUGUCGAGACCCGACCUGCGCAGAACGUGUACACCGUCCGAAAAAUAUUGUGUGGUAAGUGAAUUUUCGUGAAAAUCGCCUAAAAAAUACAAAAAAAACCCCUCAAUGUUUGGUUCGCAACAGAAUUGCAUUUUUGUGAACGCAUUUGACUUUCGAAUUUGAGCUUCUGUUUAGAAAUCGCCAAGACUUUGAUGGCGGACUAGUUUUUCCAUUUUCUAGGCCACCGAUCCGAAAUAUUGUGAAUUUGAGCGAUUUUUUGUGGAUUUGCUUGAAAGGGAACUGAAAUCCCACGAGAACCCGAAUUUUGCAAAAGUCAGGGCGAAAAAUUCAAAUUCUUUGCAGACAACAGUCACAAAUCUCAACGGAUUCUUCAUCGAAGUGGAGCGGGACUGUGCGGAGAGCUGUGAGCAAGGAUGCGAGCAGCACGGCUACGGACUCUUCCACACGGAGUGCACCCGAUGCUGUCGCGAGCCGCUGUGCAACGAAUUCGACGGCCCGCACUUUUACGAGCCCCUGACCGCCCCACGCACCUCAUUUCUCUGUGUUACCCUCUUUUUUGCGAUUUUCAGCGUUUUCUAG